CAGCGCGGUGAUGGGGUGUAAUGUGAUAUGGAGGGGGCGGAGCUCUACAUAACCCGAGUGAGGCUGAGCUUCGGGCUCUGCAGUUCUUUCGCAGCGCCUGAGGAGGAAGAGCAGGAUCAGCUGAACUACAGAAGAAAUGAAAAAUAUUCUCCUAAGAGAAUAUUUAAACUGCUGAAAGAGUUGAAGCACAAGCCGUCCUGAAGAGCCUCCAGAACACGCAGAAAUUGUUUGAUACAUUUAACAGACAAAUAAAGCCAAGUCCCGACAUGGAGAAACAUCAGUACUCUGCCAAGAGUUUUACUAAACAGAGUGAUCUAAAAAAACACCAGCGCAUUCACACAGGAGAGAAACCACAUCACUGCUCAGACUGUGGAAAGAGUUUUACUCAACAGAGUAAUCUCCAAAAACACCAGCGCAUUCACACAGGAGAGAAACCAUAUUACUGCUCAGACUGUGGGAAGAGUUUUACUCAACAGAUUAAUCUCAAAAAUCACCAGCGCAUUCACACAGGAGAGAAACCGUAUUACUGCUCAGACUGUGGGAAGAGUUUUACUCAAAAGAUUCAUCUCAAAAAUCACCAGCGCAUUCACACAGGAGAGAAACCAUAUUACUGCUCAGACUGUGGGAAGAGUUUUACUCAACAGAUUCAUCUCAAAAUACACCAGCGCAUUCACACAGGAGAGAAACCGUAUCACUGCUCAGAUUGUGGGAAGAGUUUUGCUGAACAGAGUACUCUCAAAAUCCACCAGCGCAUUCACACAGGAGAGAAACCGUAUUACUGCUCAGACUGUGGGAAGAGUUUUAAUCUACAGAGUACUUUCCAAAAACACCAGCGCAUUCACACAGGAGAGAAACCGUAUUGCUGCUCAGACUGUGGGAAGAGUUUUACUCAACAGAGUGAUCUCAAAAAUCACCAGCGCAUUCACACAGGAGAGAAACCGUAUUGCUGCUCAGACUGUGGGAAGAAUUUUACUCAACAGAGUAAUCUCAAAAAACACCAGCGCAUUCACAAAGGAGAGAAAACUACCUCAAAUCUGUUCCAAGACAAUUAAAAGUGCAAAUCGUAAAUCUUUCAGACAGAAAACCUUAUCCUACACAAAUGUUUUACUCUCUCACUUGGGACACGUUCCACCAGAAACAAACAUGAACUGAAUUUAACAAUGGAAUUUACAGGUUCAGCAAAAUGAUCCUUAUCCAGGGAUGAUGUGCAUUGAAUUCCAUGUUAUGUUUUUCGUAUGUUCGAUAUUCCAGGAUAAGGUUGGGCGGUAUUGAAAUUUUUCAUUCCGCCAUAUUGUCGUCAGAUCAUAUGGCGGUAUACGAUAUUACCGGGGGGGUGGGUGGGCUAAUCUUAUCAUUUCGGUGGUUAGUUGGUUGUUGGGGGUUUUAUUGCCACUGCAGCACAAAUGUGGCUAUUUGUGGCGAUAAUUUCAGUGAAAAUUAGUGAAACCUGUAGAGUUUAUUGAGUUUUUGCUGUAUGAUCUCCUCAGUGAGAAUCCCUAACCCAUAACCAAUCAGUGAGCUUCAACUGCUUACCCCUCCCACUGCUCUUUCAUUGUGGGUGCGCUGAAUGUCUUAAACGUCCUGUUUUUCAAAGUUCAGGUUUGGCACGUCACAUGGUUAAUAUACCUUCACUAUUUUACAAUACCGUCACCAUAUUUGAAUACCGUGGUAUACCAAAAUACCAUCAUAGCGCCCAAUCCUAUUCCAGGACAUUCUGAGACAGAGCUCAGUUUUUAGGGUAGUUACGUUAUGGGUUUAGUUCUGAAGAAGGGAAGGCUAUUCGAGAGAGGACACUGCCAGUGUUAGCACCAGAUGUUAGGUUAGCAUAAAUUAGUCUUGAAAAUUUAGAUGUCGUAGUUGUUAGGAGUAGAGUAAGAUUCUUAGCUUGCAACUAAUCGUUUAGUACCAAACCUUCAGAGCUUUUGCUUAGAAGGUUUUGAAUGCAUUUAAUCUCUUUUCUAGUAUAUGCAGAACAUAUAUCUAGUAUAUUGCCUGUCCCUGACUACCUCUGUUUGCCUAGUUCUGUAAAUAAACCUGUGUUUACUAAUCCGU